AUGCAGAGCUGCGCUUUGUCGCUCUGGGCGAGGGCUGUGCCGUCAAAACACAGACAUAUAGAGAUGAUGGAGCGCUGAAUCUGGAUAUAUUCCCCGUUAUCUUGAACUGUGAGAUCUAAGAGGAAAGAUGAAUUCUGCUGAAGCGGCGGAGGACGGACCCAAUGAUCCAGACACGGAUGCCUUCUUCAAAGCAGGGUCUUUCAGAAGUGAAGGAAUUAAAGUGUCUGAUGUCCUUCCUGUGCUGAGAGAAAAAAUAGCGUUUGUAUCAGGAGGUCGUGAUAAGAGAGGUGGCCCCAUCCUGACCUUUCCUGCCAGGAGUAACCAUGAUCGAAUAAAACAAGAGGACCUGAGACGAUUCGUGACGUACCUGUCCACUGUGCCCAGUGAGGACGUGUGUAAGAGGGGUUUCACUGUGAUUAUUGAUAUGCGUGGUUCUAAGUGGGACUUGAUAAAGCCGUUACUGAAGACCCUGCAGGAAGCAUUUCCAGCUGAGAUCUGCGUCGCUCUCAUCAUCAAACCAGACAACUUCUGGCAGAAACAGAAGACUAACUUUGGCAGUGCCAAGUUCACUUUUGAGACUAGCCUGGUAUCAGUGGAGGGGUUGACUAAACUUGUGGACCCAUCUCAGUUAACUGAUGACUUUGAGGGAUCUCUGGAAUAUAAUCAUGAGGAAUGGAUUGAGCUCCGGGUCGCUCUUGAGGAGUUCCUGGCCAGCGCUGUUCACCUCCUCUCCCGCCUGGAAGAUCUGCAGGAGAUGCUGGCUAAGAAAGAGUUCCCGGUGGAUGUGGAAGGCUCUCGGAGACUCAUUGAUGAGCACACUCAGCUGAAGAAGAAGGUGAUGAAGGCUCCAGUGGAAGAGCUGGACCACGAGGGCCAGAGACUCCUGCAGUGCAUCCGGUCCAGUGAUGGCUUCUCAGGGAGGAACUGUAUUUCUGGAAGUGCCGACUUCCAGAGUGUGGUUCCGAAGAUUGCCAGUCUGCUGGAUAAACUCCACAGCACCAGACAGCACCUGCACCAGAUGUGGCACCUAAGAAAACUGAAGCUGGAUCAGUGUUUCCAGCUCCGAUUGUUUGAACAGGAUGCAGAGAAGAUGGUUGACUGGAUCAGUCACAAUAAGGAAUUGUUUCUUCAGAGCCACACAGAGAUCGGUGUGAGCUACCAGCACGCUGUGGAGCUACAGACUCAACACAACCACUUUGCCAUGAACUCCAUGAAUGCAUAUGUGAACAUAAACCGCAUCAUGUCGGUGGCAUCGCGGCUGUCGGAGGCGGGUCACUACGCAUCUCAGCAGAUCAAACAGAUCAGCACACAGCUCGAUCAGGAGUGGAAGAGCUUCGCCGCCGCUCUCGAUGAACGCAGCACCAUCCUCGCCAUGUCUGCUGUCUUCCAUCAGAAAUCCGAGCAGUUUCUGUCUGGUGUGGACGCGUGGUGUAAGAUGUGCAGUGAGGGUGGGCUGCCGUCAGAGAUGCAGGAUCUGGAAUUGGCCAUUCAUCACCAUCAGACGCUUUAUGAACAGGUCUCUCAAGCUUAUACAGAGGUGAGUCAGGAUGGUAAGGCUUUGCUGGACGUUCUUCAGCGGCCGUUGAGUCCCGGUAACUCAGAGUCUCUGACUGCAUCAGCUAACUACUCUAAAGCCGUGCACUGUAUUCUGGAUGUGGUCCAUGAGGUCCUGCAUCACCAAAGACGUCUGGAGAGCAUCUGGCAGCACCGUAAAGUCCGUCUGCAUCAGAGACUGCAGCUCUGUGUCUUCCAGCAAGACGUCCAGCAGGUGAUUGACUGGAUAGAGAAUCAUGGAGAGGCGUUCCUCAGUAAACACACAGGUGUGGGCAAAUCCCUGCACAGAGCCAGAGCCCUGCAGAAACGCCAUGAUGACUUUGAGGAGGUGGCACAGAACACCUACACUAAUGCAGAUAAACUCCUGGAAGCGGCCGAGCAGUUGGCCCAGACGGGCGAGUGUGACCCUGAGGAGAUCUAUAAGGCGGCACGACACCUGGAGGUCAGGAUCCAGGACUUCGUCAGGAGAGUGGAACAAAGAAAACUACUGCUGGACAUGUCCGUCUCCUUCCACACGCACACUAAAGAGAAGUCUUUAUCAAGUGAUCACAAAGGGUCAUUUUCUGAUUCGGUGGACUCGGUUCAGGAGCUGAUCAAACAGUUUCAGCAGCAGCAGACAGCCACGCUGGAGGCCACACUCAACGUCAUUAAAGAGGGAGAAGACCUUAUGCAACAACUCAGAGAUUCGGCGAUGAGCAGUAAUAAGAUGCCUCACACGAGCUCUAUCGCUCACACCGAGGGCGUCCUACAGCAGCUAGAGGAGGCCCAGGGCCACAUGGAGGAGCUCUUCCACGAGAGGAAGAUCAAACUCGACAUCUUCCUGCAACUGCGCAUCUUUGAGCAGUACACCAUUGAGGUAACGGCGGAGUUAGACGCGUGGAAUGAGGACCUGGUUCGUCAGGUCAGCGAGUUCACCGCAGAAGAACCCAGUCUGGCUGAACAGAGACUCCAGCGGCACGCAGAGAGAAAACUGGCCAUGAACAACAUGACCUACGAGGUCAUGCAGCAGGGUCAAGACCUGCAUCAGUACAUCAUGGAGGUCCAAGCUUCAGGUAUUGAGUUGACCAGUGAGAAGGAGGUGGAUCUGGCCACUGAAGUUCAGGAGCUGUUGGAGUUUCUAAAUGAGAAACAGCAUGAGCUGGACUUGAGCGCUGAACACACACAGAAACACCUGGAGCAGUGUGUGCAGCUGUGCCACCUACAGGCUGAGGUUAAACAGGUUCUGAGUUGGAUUCGUAAUGGUGAGUCUAUGUUGGAUGCCAGUAUGGUGAACGCAAGUUCACUGUCAGAGGCCGAACAACUACAGAGAGAGCAUGAGCAGUUCCAGCUCGCAAUAGAGUCUCUGUUUCAUGCUAACUCUCUUCAGAAGACCCAUCAGAGCGCACUGCAGGUGCAGCAGAAGGCCGAGAUCAUGUUACAGGCCGGACACUUCGACCCUGAGGCCAUCCGCAGCUGUGCUGAGAAGGUGGCAGUACACUGGCAGCAGCUCAUGAUGAAGAUGGAGGACAGACUCAAGCUGGUUAACGCCUCUGUAGCCUUCUACAAGACAUCCGAGCAGGUGUGCAGCGUGCUGGAGAGUCUGGAGCAGGAGUACCGCAGAGACGAGGACUGGUGUGGAGCUCAUGAUAAACUGGGGUCUUCAGCAGAGACGGAUCAUGUGCUGCCUCUCAUCAGCAAACACCUGGAGCAGAAAGAGGCUUUUCUCAAGGCGUGUACUCUGGCCAGGCGAAAUGCUGAGGUGUUUCUGAAAUACAUCCAUCGGAAUAACGUCGGCACUCAGGGAUCGUCCAGCAACACGCGCGGCCCUCAGCAGCAGGUCAAAGCCAUCCUGAAUGAACUGCUACAGAGGGAAAACAGAGUUCUGCAUUUCUGGACCAUGAAGAAGCGACGUUUGGAUCAGUGUCAGCAGUAUGUGGUGUUUGAACGCAGCACCAAACAGGCAUUAGAGUGGAUCGAGGAGGCAGGAGAGGUGUAUCUCGCCUCUCACACGUCCCCAGGAGACUCAGUGGAGAAAACUCAGGAACUGCUGAGAGAAUAUGAAGAAUUCCGUGUCUCUGCCAAGCAAACAAAGGAGAAAGUGAAGAUGUUGAUCCAGCUGGCAGAUAAUUUUGUGGAGAAAGGGCACAUGCACGUCACCGAGCUGAAGAAGUGGGUGUCAGCAGUGGACAAGCGCUACAGAGAUUUCUCCCUGCGUAUGAGCAAAUACCGCUGCAGUCUGGAGAACACGCUGGGCAUCAGCUCUGAGGAUAAUAAAGAUCUGGAGUUGGAUAUCAUUCCAGCCAGUCUGACUGACCCAGAGGUCAAACUGCGUGACCCCAACCACGAGGUCAACGAGGAAAAGAGGAAAUCAGCCCGGAAGAAAGAGUUUAUUAUAGCAGAGCUGUUGCAGACAGAAAAGGCUUAUGUGAGGGACUUAAACGAAUGUUUAGAGACGUAUUUGUGGGAGAUGACCAACGGCGUAGAGGAAAUCCCCCCAGGAAUCGCCAACAAAGAGCACAUCAUCUUUGGAAACAUCCAGGAGAUUUACGACUUCCAUAAUAAUAUAUUCGUGAAAGAGCUGAUCAAUUAUGAGCAGUUACCCGAGGAUGUGGGACAUUGCUUUGUUACAUGGGCUGAUAAGUUUAAUAUUUACGUGAGAUACUGCAAAAACAAACCAGAUUCCAGUCAGCUCAUCCUAGAGCAUGCUGGGAGUUUUUUUGACGAGAUUCAGAAGAGACAUGGUCUGGCCAACUCUAUUUCAUCAUACCUCAUCAAACCUGUGCAGAGAAUCACCAAAUACCAGCUGCUGCUCAAGGAGCUGCUGUCCUGCUGUGAAGAAGGUAAAGGUGAAAUUAAGGACGGGCUGGAGGUCAUGUUGAGUGUGCCAAAGAGAGCCAACGACGCCAUGCACGUCAGCAUGCUUGAGGGUUUUGAUGAGAAUCUGGAUGUUCAGGGUGAACUCAUCCUGCAGGACACCUUCCAGGUGUGGGACCCCAAAUCUCUGAUCCGUAAGGGACGAGACCGCCACCUCUUCCUCUUCGAGAUCUCCCUCGUCUUCAGCAAAGAAAUCAAAGACUCAGCGGGACGAUCCAAAUACAUCUACAAGAACAAACUACUGACUUCUGAAUUGGGGGUGACAGAACAUGUGGAAGGAGACCCGUGUAAAUUUGCCCUGUGGGUGGGACGCACACCCUCAUCCGACAACAAGACUGUCCUCAAGGCGUCCAGUAUUGAGGUGAAGCAAGAAUGGAUUAAAAACAUCCGAGAGGUCAUUCAGGAGAGAAUCAUUCACCUGAAGGGGGCGCUAAAGGAACCGAUCCAUGCUCCCAAAACCCCAGCCAAACCCCGCAACAACAGCAAGAGGGAGGCUGGUGAGGAUGCUGACAGUCAAGGAGAUGGCAGCAGUCAGCAGGACACCAUCUCCAUCGCAUCCAGAACCUCUCAGAACACUGUAGACAGUGACAAGCUCUCCGGAGGGUGUGAGCUGACGGUGGUCCUGCAGGACUUUGUGGCGAGCAGCGCGUCUGAGCUCAGCGUCCAGACCGGUCAGACGGUGGAGCUGUUGGAGCGGCCCAGCGACCGGCCGGGAUGGUGUCUGGUCCGGACCACAGACAAGACCCCCCCUCAGGAGGGACUGGUGCCCAGCAGCGCUCUGUGCAUCUCUCACUCUCGCAGCAGUGUGGAGAUGGACUGCUUUUUUCCAGCAGGCAAAGAAAACUAUGCGAUUAGUGGCCCAGAAGGGAAGACUGAGUCCGUGGCCACAUUACAGCCGCAGGCAUCCCUGAACUCCCUGCAGAGCAGCUCCCCUGGACCCAAGCGCUCUGGGAAUACACUGAAGAAAUGGUUGACCAGCCCAGUUCGGCGCCUUAGUCACGGAAGCAACAUCAAGAAAAUCCCUAGCAAACAGAAGCAGAAACGUGAUGGACGUAAGAGCAUUGAUCUGGGACCGCCUGAGCUACAGGAUGACACUCUGGAGGAGAGAGUGCGUAAAGAAAAAGGAACACUCUCCAAAUCUUCGUCAGGGAUGCACAGCGGAGGAGAGGAAGAGCCUGAGGACGAGUCCCACACUCCCCUCCCUCCACCAAUGGAGAUCAUCAAAGACCCGUCUGCUCAGGAAGAGAAGUCGUCUGUGCUGCUGGCUUCACGGCAGAGCUCGGCUGACGUCCCCAGUGCCGCUGAGCUUGUCAGUGCUAUAGAAAAACUGGUCAAAACUAAGAUGACACUGGAGCCAGGCUCGUACCCAGGAUUCAGCUCAGUGAACCCAGCAGAGCAGAGCCCAGCGCCUCCCAGAGACCCGGAACUGGAGCAGAAAGCGUUUCUGACCAAACCACAGGUUGCUUGUGGGGCUAAAGCCCUGCUGCUAAUGUUUGUUCUGAAUGAAUUAAUCCAGACAGAAAAAGACUACGUGAAAGAUUUGGGUAUCGUGGUCGAGGGGUUUAUGACGAGGAUAGAGGAGAAAGGAGUUCCUGAUGAUAUGAAAGGAAAAGACAAGAUCGUCUUCGGAAACAUUCACCAAAUCUAUGACUGGCACAAAGACUUUUUUGUUGGUGAACUGGAAAAAUGUCUUGAAGAUCAAGAAAAACUGCCCGGGCUGUUCUGUAAACAUGAGAGAAGACUGCACAUGUAUGUGGUUUACUGCCAAAACAAACCCAAAUCUGAAUUCAUUGUUGCAGAAUACGAUUCAUACUUUGAGGGGAUUCAGCAAGGCAUCAACUCAAGACUGGGCAUCAGUGAUUUUCUCAUUAAACCCAUUCAGAGGAUCACUAAAUACCAGCUUUUAUUAAAGGACUUCUUGAAGUACAGCACAAAGGCAGGAUUGAAUUGUCAGGAUAUAGAGAGAGCAGUAGACCUGAUGUCCCAGGUGCCCAAGCUGUGCAAUGACAUGAUGAAUCUGGGAAGACUGCAAGGAUUUGAGGGGAAGUUGACGAGUCAGGGAAAGCUCUUGCAGCAGGAGACGUUCUUUGUGACGGAGCAGGACUCUGGCGUUCUGUCCCGCAGUAAGGAGCGCAGGGUCUUCCUGUUUGAACAGAUCGUUAUCUUCAGCGAGCUCUUACGCAAAGGCUCAUCCACGCCAGGAUACCAGUUUAAAAAGAGCAUCAAGGUGAGCUUGCUCAGCCUAGAAGAGCAUGUUGAAAACGAUCCAUGCAAGUUUGUGCUGUCGUGUCGUGGGUCAGCCGAACGUUUCACCCUGCAAGCAGCAAAUACGGACAUUAAACAGGUCUGGGUUCAGCAUAUCACCGAGCUACUAGACUUGCAGAGCAACUUCUUGUCAGCUCUGCAGUCUCCCAUCGAGUAUCAGAAGGAGCGCAGCGGCUCUCAGUCUCUGACCCGAAACUCCUCCAGCGGUGGGCGAAUGGGUCAGGCCAACAGCAGGCCCAGCUCCACUGUGUCACUCGGGGCAGAGAAACCCACUCUGUCUGGACGGAGCUCCACUCCAAUAAAGCUAACUACCUCCAACGGUGGUCCAUGCCACGGCUCGGACAGAUACCACAGGCAGUUUGGCGGUGUGGGCUGUAACGGUACGUCGUCCUCCUUGAUGGUGACUCAGGACUAUAAUGCACUGAAAGAAAAUGAGAUCUGCGUCAUGCAGGGUGAGACGGUGCAGAUACUGGCCACUAACCAGCAGAACAUGUACCUGGUGUACCGAUCCGCUAACAGCCAGUCGCCGGCCGCGGAGGGCUGGGUGCCGGGACACAUCCUGGGCCCCCUCGCUAAACCCCUCAUAGACACUACUGCAGACUCAAACAUCAAGAAAUCUCUCUCGUGGAACACGCUUCGUGCUCGCAAGCGUGCAGAGAAGGACAGUGCGCCCCUCAAAAGUGACAUUAAAGUUGAGAAUGGACUGCGUAAGCCAAAGGAAAUUCUCAGCAGCAAAGUCACUGUGAAAGAUUCCCGCAGCUCAGAUGAGUCCGAGUGUGAGGAUGAACUAGACCCCAAAACUAGUAUGGAGUUACUGAAUCCUAAUUUCAUCCAGGAGGUGGCUCCGGAGUUCCUGACGCCUCUAGCGGACGUGGCGUGUGCUCUGGGGGAGACAGUGGUUCUGUGCUGUAAAGUCUGCGCUCGACCCAAGCCCACAAUCACCCUGAAAGGACCCGAUCAAAGUCUGCUAGUCAACAAUAACCGAUUCACUAUCAAUAUUAGGGAAUCGGGUAAUAUAGUGUUGAAGAUCUGUAAUCUAAUGCCUCAGGACACUGGCAUCUACACGUGUGUGGCUGUGAAUGAUCAUGGCACUGCCUCCUCAUCUGCAUCGAUUAAAGUACAAGGUAUCCCAGCAGCCCCUGCUCGUCCUGUGGCACAAGAAGCCAGCAGCACCGCAGUGAUUGUCCACUGGCUUCCUCCAGCCAGCUCAGGCAACUCUGCCAUCUCCAGCUACAGUGUGGAAUACAGGCAGGAAGACUCUCUGGUGUGGCAGCAGUCGGUGGUCUCCACUGCAGACGUGUGUGUGAAGAUUGAGAAUCUGAUUCCUGGUGGCCAUUAUCAGUUCAGAGUCAGUGCCAGUAACCCCUGGGGCAUCAGCCCACCCAGUGAACCCUCAAACAUGGUGACAUUACCUAGCACAGCCUCAACUUAUGACGGCACUGGAAUCCAGUGGAAAGACAACUUUGAAUCUGCAUUCACAGAAUUGUGUGAAAUUGGACGGGGUCGUUUCUCAGUGGUGAGGAAGUGUCUCAGUAAGGCCAGUAAGAAGGAGGUUGCUGUGAAAUUUGUCAAUAAGAAGAUGCAGAAGAAAGACCAGGUAGCCCAUGAGGCCGAUAUCCAGCGUCACGUCCAGCAUCCGCAGCUGGUGGCGUUGCUUGGUACCUACGAGUCGCCCAAGGCCUACAUACUGGUUCUUGAGCUUGUUGAGGACGGGCGUCUGCUGGACUAUCUGGUGGCUCACGAUGAGCUGAUGGAGGAGAAGGUGGCGUUCUUCAUUAAAGACAUACUGGAAGCUCUGCAGCACCUGCACACAUGCAGAGUAGCUCACCUGGACCUCAAGGAACCAGGUGUUGAGGACGGGCGUCUGCUGGACUAUCUGGUGGCUCACGAUGAGCUGAUGGAGGAGAAGGUGGCGUUCUCAUGUCUGCAGCACCCGUGGGUCAGCGCUCAUAGUGGAGAUUACUCCAAAACACCGCUGGACACUGUCAGACUCGCUGCGUUUAUAGACCGUCGCAAACAGCUGCAUGAUGUCAGACCUGUCACAAACGUUAAAGGACUGGUCAGCAGCAGUAUGUGA